CUUUGCCAAGGACUCGUCCAAUCGGAAAGCAGAUGGGCACUUGUCUUCUUGGUAUUUGAAAAGCAGUAGCCAAUGAAGCGGACUUUGAGAGAUGUGUGGUAACUGCGCCAACCAAUAAGGAUUGCUGUCUCGCCUUAGGCAAACCACCCUAACUCGCUCUCCAGCGAGUUUUGUGCAUAUACUUUAAUAUCUCAUUCUAUUUUGCUUAACAAAACAUAAAAGCUCAGUAGCACUCAACAAGAUCUCAAGUCGACUGCUGACAGGCUGAUACUGAACAAAAGUCCCCGGCUCACUGGAGGGCAAGCCAGUCCUCAGCGCAUUGGCCAGUCCUCAAUGAUAGACACCCUCCAGACCAAUGGCUUUGUGCUCUAAUGGGCGCGUGUCCCCACAACUGGCCUAUGAGAGUCGGCUUCGGUUCAGCCAAUAGGGUCAGGGCAGGGGCGUGGCGGGAAGUUUGAAACCCCAGGCUCUUGGAGUUGUUUCUCGAGUUGGUAACUUCCCAGUGGCCGAGCUGGGGCCCGCCGGGCCCUGUCCCCACCCCUAGUGGAGAUGGGUUCUACUCAGAGCGUCUCAGGCACUCCAGCACGACCUCUGCCCCACAAUAAGCAUCUGGCUCGAGUAGCAGACCCUCGUUCACCUAGUGCUGGCAUCCAGCGCACUCCUAUUCAGGUGGAGAGCUCUCCACAGCCAAGCCUACUGACAGAACAGCUGAACAGUCUUAAACAGGCACAAGACCCAGAUCCUCGCUCUCCUACUCUUGGCAUUGCACGGACACCCAUGAAGAUCAGUGGUGCUGACGCUAAGAGUCCACUGGUGAAAGAGCUGAGUGAAGUAUUUGAGACCGAAGUGUCCAAAGCGCUUUCCUCCCCAGAGCUUGCUCUGCCCCAGGAAACGCCUUUAUCUUCUGAACUAGAGCUGCCUUUGGGUUCUCAGUUAUCCCUUGAUGACCAGUUGCUGCCUAGGAGCCAGGCUGAACUCCCCUCCAAACUGAUGGUUACCAAGGAGGAAACAAAACAGUCCACAGAGACCGUAGUCACCAGCCAGAACUCAGACAAGCCCUGUCGAGAUCCAGAGACCCCCCAGUCUUCAGGUUCUAAGCGCGGUAGACGGAAAGCCAACAGCAAGGUGCUAGGAAGGUCCCCUCUCACCAUCCUGCAGGAUGACAACUCCCCUGGGACCUUGACACUACGACAGGGUAAGCGGCCAUCUCCCCUAAGUGAAAAUAUUAAGGACCUAAAGGAAGGAACCAUUCUUGGAACUGGAAGAUUUCUGAAAACUGGAGGCGCAUGGGAGCAAAACCAGGACCAUGACAAGGAAAACCAGCACUUUGCUUUGAUGGAAAGCUAGGACCACGCUGCCCUCUCCCAGGGCCGGUGACAGGCUGCGUUCUUCACCUCUUCGUCCCCAAUGGCACCGAGGACAGUCCUGUUUUCUGAGUCCUCCCAGGCUACCAACUCUGGUAGUUGGCCAUUAUUCUUUGAUGUUUUGUGUGUUUCUUGUAUAUUAAAGGAGAUGGUUUUAAAUGAUACUUUAAAAAGUUAGAGUAAAGCUGCACUGGGUCUUCUGUGUGUAGAACGGCAGCCUGGGGCCCAUGGGUCCU